GUAUCUAUCUAUCUCCCAUACACAUCCCUUGCCUGUCAGUGGCCACAUCAGAAGGAGAUCAUGGCACUGAGGGGGCCACUUCUUCCUCCUCCUGUGGGCAUCCUCUGCCUGUCCCUGCUGGUGCUGCUUGCCCAGGGCACAGGGCACAGGGUGAGCAGGAGUGCAUUGGAUCUAGCGGAGCCGGGGAGCAGCGCUGCUGGGGAUGAUGGAUCUACAGGGGAGGCUUAUCCUUCCUCAGGACGCCCCAGGCGGGCAGCCUCCAGGGGGCGCAUUUCGCUGCUCAGCACCUCCUUUGUGCUCAAGGGGGACGCGUCUCAUAACCAGGCGAUGGUGCAUUGGACCGGGGAGAACAGCAGUGUGAUACUGAUAUUGACCAAAUAUUACCAUGCGGAUAUGGGGAAGGUUCUGGAGAGUUCUUUAUGGAGAUCGUCUGAUUAUGGAACGACAUACACAAAAUUAAACCUACAGCCCGGGGUCACUACAGUGAUAGACAACUUCUAUAUCUGUCCCACGAACAAGAAGAAGAUUAUUCUUGUCAGCUCCUCAGUCUCAGAACAAUGCCUCUUCACUAGCAGCGAUGAAGGAGCGACCUUUCAAAAGCACCAAAUUGCUUUCUUUAUAGAGACCCUGAUAUUUCAUCCCAAAGAAGAGGACAAGUUACUUGCCUAUAGCAAAGAUGCCAAGCUCUACGUAUCCAUAAACCUCGGAAAGAAUUGGGACCUCCUGAAAGAACGUGCCAGUAAAGACAAAAUAUUUUGGUCUGUUGCAGGAGUUGAUACGGAUCCUGAUGUGGUUCAUAUGGAGGUUCAAGACCUUGAUGGAGGUUAUCGGUACGUGACAUGCCAGAUUCACAAUUGUUCUGACAAUACAUUUGCAUUUCAAUUCACUGGAAACAUUGAUCGGGAUUCUCUGACUGUACAGGACGACUACAUCUUCCUCAAGACAACAGCAGGAAACCGGAGUAAAUAUUACGUAUCCUAUCGACGGAAUGAAUUUGUACAGAUGAGACUACCAAAAUAUGCCUUGCCAAAGGACCUACAGAUAAUCAGCACAGAUGAAAACCAAGUGUUUAUUGCUGUCCAAGAAUGGUAUCAGACAGACACCUACAACCUGUACCAGUCGGAUCCCCAAGGAGUUUAUUAUUCCCUUGUUCUGGAAAAUGUGAGGAGCACCAAGCAGCCAGAGGAGAAUGUUGUUAUCGAUAUCCUCGAGGUGCGAGGCAUUAAGGGAGUCUUUCUGGCCAAUCAAAAAAUCGAUGGGAAGGUGACAACACUUAUUACCUACAAUAAAGGCCGAGACUGGAACUACCUCAAUCCCCCAAGCACAGACAUGAACGGCAAACCAACCAACUGCAAACCCCCGGAGUGUCACCUUCACCUGCAUCUCCGCUGGGCAGACAAUCCGUACGUAUCUGGAACAGUCCAUACCAAGGACACGGCGCCAGGCCUCAUUAUGGGAGCAGGCAAUCUGGGCUCGCAGCUGGUGGAGUAUAAGGAAGAAAUGUAUAUUACGUCAGACUGUGGAAAUACAUGGAGACAAGUCUUUGAAGAGGAACAUCACAUCUUGUAUUUAGACCAUGGCGGUGUUAUUGUGGCCAUCAAGGACACUUCAAUUCCUCUAAAGAUACUCAGGUUCAGCAUUGAUGAAGGCCACACGUGGAGCGUACACAACUUCACCAGCACUUCAGUGUUCGUAGAUGGGUUGCUCAGUGAACCAGGAGAUGAGACGUUGGUCAUGACGGUAUUUGGGCACAUAAGUUACCGCUCAGACUGGGAACUGGUGAAAGUCGAUUUCAGACCAUCAUUCGCUACGGAAUGUACAGAAGAAGACUACGAUCCAUGGAACCUUGCCACCCCACAGGGGGACCAAUGCAUUAUGGGCCAGCAGCGAAGUUUUCGGAGGAGAAAAAUAUCCUCAUGGUGCAUCAAAGGGAGAAGCUUCACGUCUGCGCUAACAUCUAAAAUCUGCCAGUGUGGGAACUCAGACUUUGUCUGCGAUUAUGGAUACGAACAGGAGACACUUCAGAGAUCCCAAGCCAGCAAGUGUUUCGCUGAUUUCUGGUUUAACCCCGAGUCUCCGCCUGAAGAUUGCGUUAUUGGUCAAACCUACACAAGUACCACAGGGUACAGAAAGCUUGUCUCCAAUGUAUGUGAAGGCGGCAUUGACCUUCAGGAGAAUUUAGUCCGAUAUCCCUGUCCUCUGCUCGCCCCGAGGGGUCUGCGCAUCGCCAUUAAGGGAGAUUCCAUAGCGGUGAAGCCUGGAGAGGAGAUUACAUUUAUUAUUCAUCAGGAUCAGGGUGAUGUGCUGAAUACCAAGUACCAAGUGGACCUCGGGGGUGGAGUCAAAGUGAAUCUCUCAAUGGCAAGUGAGCCCAUACAGCAUCGCUAUGAAAGCCCCGGGAUCUACAGGGUGUCUGUAAAGGCAGAGAAUAUGGCCGGGCAGGACGAGGCCGUGAUCUACGUGCAGGUUAACCCUCCUCUUCAGGCUCUGCAUCUUGAAAUGGUGCCAGUGGUUGGAAAGAACAAAGAAGUGAAUCUGACGGCUGUGAUCCAGCCAAGGAACGCAAACCUGACUGUGUUUUACUGGUGGAUUGGAAACAACUUGCAGCCAAUCCUUACACUGGACAAUUACCUGGUGACCAGGUUUGCUGAGGCUGGGGAGUUCCGAGUCACAGUGCAAGUCUCCUGUUGGAACUCUAUGCUGCAGGACUCCAAAACAGUCAAAGUCUUUGAUGAAUACCAAGUUCUAUCACUGAUGUUCAGCAAGAACCUGGAUAUGUACAAUCCCAACAUCCCAGAGUGGAGAGACGACAUAGGACAAAUUGUAACAAGACUAAUAGUGAAGGAAACCAAUGUCCCUGAGCAAACAAUAGUGACGGUGGUAAAACCAGGACUUCCGACCACUGCGGAGCUGUACCUGCUCCCACCUACCGACGUACAGAAAAGAAAGAGAAGUGCUCCAAAUGAUAAGAGAAUAGCCGUGAUAAAGCAAGUCCUCAAUGCGCACAACAUUAGUUUCUUCCUGAGGGGUGGAUUUUGGGUCUUGGUGACACUAAGCGAUUCGGAAUCAGACUCCCAGAGGAUUGGGGGAGCCGGAGGAUACUGGGCCAUACUCAUUAUCUUUGCCAUCUGCCUUGUACCGGUUGGAGCUUUUAUCCUUUAUAAAUUCAAAAGGAAAAUGCCGGGGAGGAAUGUUUACGCUCAGAUGCACAAUGAAAAGGAGCAGGAAAUGACAAGUCCAGUCAAUCACAGCGAGGACACCCAGAACAUUAUCCAGGGAGAGGAGUUUAUUGAUGAUGACAUGGACACGCAAACUCUAGGACAUGGGAGAGUGAGGCUCUCUGGGAGAGCUGGACAUUUGAGCAGCUACACGAUCCCCUUAUUGUCGGUGCCUACCAGUGCCCAAACGCAGGUAAUCACUCAGGCGUGGUUUUAAGUAUUAAUUCCAGAGAGAUGCACAAUUACCUGGUUAGCUGAUGUUCACAGCUGAAUUCAAACCUUACAGACUUUUCUUCUGUAUUGUCUUAUAUCUCCGUGGGAAAUCAAGAGAGUACGAAUGGACUGUAACAGGAAGCCAAGUUCAUUCCGACUGCUCCAGGGACACUUACAUGGAAGACCAACUGGACGCCUGGUUGUUUUUAAGGACAUGAUUUCAUAAAAAAAACAGACAAUUGCUACAAGUCAUACUCAAGUGGUAGCAAAUUUGUAAUCCAAGGCACAUGUUCUGUCUUGUAUUCAUAUUCUCUGUACUCCAUGUAAUGCAUAUAUGUCUUCUUUAUCUAGAGAAGCCUUUUUUAUUGAGUUUACAUUUCUUUAGAAUAAUGAAAUUCCCAAUCAGACUCUAACGUUGUCCUACGGGGUGUUUUCAUCCACCUUCCCAGUAUGAGAAUUAUUCUACAGUACAUUAGCAAUAGCACUAUAUACACAGAACUGACUUGAGUGAGUAAUUAUCAUUAAGCUAUUUCCAAUUAAGAAUUCAUUUCCUAAAGUCCCAUUAUCUAUUUUUGUUUAUAGAAACAUCGCCCAAUAUAUAUUUAUGAUCAGUAACUGUACAUUUGGCGCAUAUCAAGGGUUAAAAAGAUUCUCAAAAUAGUGCACCCAAGCUUAGGUUACUUCUCCAGGCUUUUGGAAUAUUCGGAUACUUGUGUUUGAAAUGUUCAUUUUACCCUUUGAUACUAUGGCCCUAUACAGGUAUGGUUAUCAUAUAUAUGGAAUUAUGGUGCAAUAAUUCCAAUGGAAAGACCUAAUAAAAGUAGCUAUGAGACCAACAGUGAGUAUGGAUCAGCUGAGCUACGCCACUUGUCAUCUCCCCUCACCUGCUAUAACUUGUACCACUAGUCUUCAGGUAAGUUUUAGUGCAGCCAUUGGCCAUUUUGUUUUGGAUAGCUGAAUUUGUUUGGUUAACAGUGCCAACGAGAAGAUAAAUGCACCCUAAAGCCUUCACCUCCUACUUUUCAGCUGGGAUGCUGGGGGUGGUUUAGGCCUUGCGUCAAAUUCUGUCUGCACUUGUUCCUCCUAUUGCCGAAUGGAAAAUACUAAUGCUUCUCAGAUUUGCCCGGUUAUUGCUGUCAGUGCCCACUAUACCCCUCAGCCAUGCCCACUUUCUACCAAGCAUCACUCCUUUUGGAUCAGAAAAUUGAAUCUCCCACCCAUAUAGAGUCAAUUAUAGGUUAUUUCAGGGUAAAUCAUGUCAAUAUGUUUAUGCAAGGCACCUUUUGAGAGUGUUUAAGGAAAUGGACUAGGCCAGAGGAAAACCGAGGCACAUUUUAUAUACAUAUAUAUUCCUAGAACUAUACCAGAAGCCUGAUACCAGAAUGUUUUCUUAUAUCAAGUACCAUGACAUGAUCCCAAAAAGUCUAGGAACCACUGACCUAAUGGAAUCUGCAAAAAUAUAUUAUUUUGUAUUGUCAUUCUAUACACUGACCCUAAAAAAGGAUAUGUUCACUCUCUCGGGUUCACCUGUUAAGGAGAGUUAAACCGGUGCUACAGUUACAACAAAAAUGUCCCAGAAAGUUGCAAAAUACAUCACCAGAGAUGUUGUACAGCCAGGAACUGCUACGGGACACACACCUCUUACUAGUUUCUUGUAAUGAGAGUAUAACACAACAGGAGGCUUGUGGGAGGGGAUAGGGAAGCGUAACAGUCUAGGCAUGGGCUGAGCUUCAUGUUGAGCCAGUAAUAUAUUUGGGACUAGAUCUCAUUCUGGGACCUUCCUUAAGGACCUUGAAGAAGGACACAGUAUGUGACCUACUCCUGAUGAUAUAUGUAUAUAUAUAUAUUCAGCUCUUCAUAAUUUAAAUGAAAACUAAAAAGUAAAGGUAAAGUAUCUCGUUUAUUUGCCUGUGGAAAGGUGAAACAUCAAAGCUAUCUUCCAGUUGCUCUAGCUUUGAAUGUAGCUCCUCCCAGAAAUGGCAAAUCCCCAUUUUCAGGCAGCGUAAUCUGUUCUUUAUUUGUAGAAAAGUGUCAGCUAGUGACCUAUGGACAGUCUCUUUACACCCAGAGUUUCACCAGGUUUGCUAUAGCCAUUAACACAAGAUGGAGAAACAUAUUUUGGUACAUUAUAUUCUGAAUCAGAGUAAAAUCUGAUGUUUUCUUUGGUUUAAUGUCUGGGACAAUGGUCUCUGGUGGUACGACUAUAUACAGUCUGGGCAGGGACUCCCCUAAUAUUGCACUUCUUCUGGAAAACACACUACUUAUAAGAAGCAUUUAUCUUCCUUUUAAAAGUUAGGAUGAGUUCAUAGUUGAUUUAUGAGCACAGAACAUUCUUCGUCUCCAUAUUUGUACCUAAAGGUUAAUGUCAGACUGGAGAUCCUUGCUUCAAAUUCAAUCAGCAACCCCUUUUGACCCUGGACAGUUUAUAUAGUUGUCUCAUAUGGUUCAAGCCGUAGGGCAUUUCCCCCGUAUGCUUAAAUAAACCCUAUGUACCACAUACACACAAAUAAUCCCUUACAAAGAGCUACUUGUUGUAUUUAGAUAGCGCUAUUGCCUCUGCAUUUGAGGAAGAGGUAAAGAACAAGAUAAUAACAGAACAAAAAUACCUAUAUAUAUAAUACAGAAUAUACAAUUACGUUCACAAAAGGAGGUCCCUGGAAUUAAAGCAUCAAUGCUUUAUAAAUAUGCCCCAGAAUCUCCUGUUGUACCAGAAUUCACUGUGGAGCUUAUAAUGGCUGCCGUGGCUACAGCCAAUCCCGUAAGGCUGCUCCGUACCUCUAGCCUGUGUUGGGGGAAAGGAGCCUUGGCCGGCACUGUGUGUAGCCCCUUGGGUGUUCAUUAUGGCAGAUGUGUUUACUUGGCUUAAGGAGGAGGAGUAGGUGGUUGUAGUUGGCUAAAAAGUGGGGUUCAUAAUAGUUCUGCCUCAUUGGCUUCCCAUAUGUUUGUAGCUCUCACCCAUACAUACUAAUAUAUCAGUGCAAAUAGGCAGAGAUAGAAUGUUCUAUGCACACAGAACUUGGUACUCUACUUAAAAGGGGAGUUCACCUUUUAGUAUAAUAUAGAAAGUGCUAUUCUGCAACAAUUUGCAAUCGGUCUUCAUUUUGUUAAUAUUUGCAAUUUUGGAAUUAUUCAGCUUUUUGAUCAGCAGCUCUCUAGUUUGGAACGUCAGCAGCUAUCUGGGACCAAUUUAACCUAGCAACAAGGCAGUGGUUUGAAAGAGAAACAAAAAAUAUAAAUAAAGGAGGGCCUAAAUAGAAAGAUAAGUAAUACAAUGUAACAGUUGCCGGGGUCAGUGACCCCUAUUUGUAUGCUGGAAAAGUCAGACGUAAGGCAGCAAAAAAUGGAAAAAAAAACUAUGACAAUAAAUAAUGAAGACCAAUUGAAAAGUUGUUUAGAAUAAGCCACUCUAUAACAUACUAAAAGUUAACCUUGAGGUUGCAACCUUACAAUUUGUUCUGAGAUAUUGGCAAAUUCUUCUAUAAUAAAAUAUAUGUUUAACCCUUUAUGUCAGCAAUUUCUCUAAAACAUUCCAGCCGUAUGUAGAAAUGCGCGUUGCUCCAAGCGUGUCAGUGUCCAUGCAGAUACUCCCCGGCUCCGUGGCACAGCCAUGUUACUCUCCCCUCCGCACAGAUAUUCCGUGUUCUCACUAGCCCCGCCCCUUAACACAUUGCCUCAAUCUCCCCCUUUUCAAAUGUUUUAUAGCACAGGAAAGACAAUUUUUUAAAGAAAAUGGCAAAUAUUUGUUCUGUUUACUUGCAAGUGUUUCUAUGUAUGGGAGGAAAGUCACAUUUCUCUAAAUUAUUAUGGAAUAAAAAGGUGGAACUAUGGAAUUUUA